AUGACUGCUAAAGGAGAAACUGAAUGCAAGCUUGAUACUAACACCAAAGCUCCUAUUGUCUUAUUUGAUGAAGCAGAAAAAGUAAACAAUAGUGCUGUUUUAGAUGCUUUAGGUAAAGUCCUAGAUCCUAAUGUUAACCAAGCCCUGAAGUUACUAUAG